UUGAUUUAGCGUGUAGAAAAAGAAGGUUUUCAGUAAGACGGCGAUCUUUGUGGUGGAAAGAUGUUUUUGUGGAUUUUCAGUGGAAUUUUCCUACUAGGAGUGCUUUUCUGUGUAUUCUGGACAUGGAAUUUCCGCUAUUGGCAAAAGAGGGGUAUUCCUGGGCCCAAACCAUCCCUUAUUUAUGGGAAUACAAAGAGUUUAGUGGCUGAUAAAGUGUCCGUUGCGUAUGAAUUUGAUAAAUUUUACAGGGAUUUCUACGGCAAAACUCCCUUUGUGGGAGUUUACUUUCUAAGAUCACCCCAUAUUCUCGCCAUUGAUCCGGAUUUCGUAAAAUUUGUCCUUGUUGAGAAUUUCAAACAAUUCUACAACAACUACAUCUCGGACAUGACUACCCCAAGAUCGGAGCCCUACAUCGGGCACAGUCCCUUUGUGCUGAAGAACAAAGCAUGGAAGGAGACGAGAAGUCAGUGGGGACCAGCAUUUUCCAGUGGCAAGAUGAAGGCCAUGUUCCCAAUCCUUGAGAAUACCUGCAAGAAAAUGUCCAACUUCCUCCGGCAGGAAGUGGCGUCAAAUCCAAAGGAUGGUGUUCACUUCCGCGAUGUAAGUGCACGCUUCACGACGGAAGUGGUAACAGAUACAAUCUUUGGGAUUGAAGCUGGAACGUUUGCCGAGGAAAAUGCUCCUCUGUGUGAAUUGGGCUCCAAACUGCUUGAUUGUUUUGAGAAUGUUCUAAAUUUCUUCAUUCUCUCGGCAAUUCUACCCUUGCUGAGGAAUCUUCGGUGCUUCUGGAUUGUCAGCAGGAGUGUUGGGAAUUCAUUUGAGGAGCUAAUGAAGAAGGGAAUUCAAUUUAGAAGUCAAAGUAACAACCAAAGAAGUGAUUUCUUAUCAUUCAUCAUGGAUUUGGGCAGUAAGAAAAAUCUCUCUGUGACCGAAAUGACUUCUCAUGGGCUCACCGUCUAUCUGGAUGGCUACGAAACAACCAGCAUUGCAAUUCCACUUGUUCUCUACGAAUUGGGAAGGAAUAUUGAGGCUCAGGAGAAGCUGAGAAAAGAAAUCCUGGAAUAUCAGGAAAAGAGUGGGAUUAACUACGAAUCAAUUCAGGAAAUGCAAUAUUUAGAUCAAGUCGUUAAUGAAACAAUGAGAAUUCAUCCUCCUCUCAUAAUUAUCAGUAAACUCUGCACUGAAAGCGUAAAGUAUCCAGUCAAUGGGAGAGAUGUGGAAAUUCCUCGUGGCAUGACUGUCCACAUUCCCAUCUUCUCAAUUCAUCGCAAUGAAAAUAACUUCCCAAAUCCCGAAGAAUUCAUUCCAGAGAGAUUCAACGAAGAAAAUGGAGGAUCGAAGAUUUUUAAGGACAAAUGCUCCUUUUUACCUUUCGGCAAUGGACCAAGAAUCUGUUUAGGAAUGCGUUUUGCCCUUCUGCAAGUAAAGACGGCAGUUGUGGAGGUGAUCAAGCAGUACAAAGUCACGGUAAAUGAGAAGACAAAGCAACCCCUUGAUCUGGAUGUUGGGCAAUUCUUCAGCUACCCCCGGCACGGAAUUUACCUCAAUUUGAAGCCAGUAUAAGCCUGUAAUUUACUACGGGAGUAGCAUGGUUGAAUAAAAAGCUUUAAAAAUAAAA